UGUUGGAAUCACCUGACAAUUGUAGAUUAAAAAAACAACAACAAAAAAUUAGACAAUGGACAAUUAUCAUCGUAACAACUUAAACAACGUUAAAUGGAAUCAAUAUCUAUAAUCUAAUUCAUGGUUUAACCUCAAAUUAUACUUUAUAGCGAUCUAGAUCUAUACAGAUCUACAAAUAAUCAAUAAUAAUCACUGAGAUUUCACCAUGUUCCAAUAUAACCCUCAAAUUAAUGAAGAUGAAGAUGAAAGGGAGUGUGAGAUGGAGCUGUCCAGAACCGAGCUUGUGUUUGCACAAAUGACAGCCAGGGGACCUCGCUGGCCUAGAGCUAUAGGAGUGGUUGAAAUCAUAGUUGGCUUUCUUUUGACAAUUUUAGGUACAGUGGAAGUAUUUGCUUUACCGUUGAUUGAGAGUAAAGAUGGAAGCAACUUGAUCAUACUGGAUAAAGGCAAUUGUUAUGGAGUUGGUUGUAUAGCAGGUUUGGCAAUGCUGGUGACAGGCAGUACAGCAAUCAGGGCAACUUUAAGUAAACGUGAUACAACAAUUUUCAGGUUCUUCAAUAUGACCAUUUUAUCAUUGAUAAUUUAUACUGGGAUGACUUUGUUUCUUAUUGUUGCAUAUGCCAAGGGUUGGACCUCACCUAGCAAUUAUGAGCCUGGGAGCAAGAUGGGGGAUGUUCAUAUGUUUGUCACUAUUGUUACUGUCAUAGGGCUCCUUUUUGCAAUGUCUGGGUUCGUGCAGUAUUUUGAUGUUAUCUGCUGUGGUACUGUGCCUCUGUGGACUCAGUGGGCCAACUGUUUCUGUGGGUGCAUUUAUAAAAGACAAGGGCGCCUGUCUAUAAGGGACUCACUCAGAGCGGAGUUUAGCUUCGACAACAACCCAAUCUAGAGGCAAGUUGAAGAAAUAACAUGACCAUUCCUCUCCAGACCACCAAAAAGAAAAAGAGCAGCUAUAGAUGCCUCGAGCUGUGUCCUUCAAGCACAAACUGUCACACAUAACAAAUGACAGUAUGUUAACGAUUAAGCUUAGUGUUUUUUGUUCUAUUUAUUGUAAACAAAUCAGAUUACAUGUACUUGUUUAACUGCUUUAGAAUGAGAAUCAUUUUGAAAAAGAGAGUUAGAGUUUUAUUUUUUGAUUAUGUCAAAUGUUAUGCCAAUCAGAACUCUCAUUAUGUAGCUAGUAGCACACGAUUGGGAUGAGAAGGAAAGCUAGUAUUGUUUGUUUUUUUUGAUUGAUGUCAUUAUUGAAAUCUAAUUUUCAAUGGAGUUAAAAUGUUUGCUAGAACAUCAUGAUAAAGAUUUUUUCUGUAUUUGUUUUGUCAAAACACAUUUAUCAGGUAAUCAGUAAUGUUAGAUUGCAUAAUUUGAAACCUAAGUUUCUUGAUUUUCAGUUACAUCAACUUACAGGUAAUUGAAAAUACUCAAGAAAAUGUACAUUUUAAAAUGUUAUUUACUCACAUAUGUACAGUUGCAUUGUCCAUAAAGACAUCAGGUUCUAGAGACAUUGUUUCAAACGUGUGUACUUGAUUGAACAGGUUGAACAGGCUAAUAUAGUGUAACUUUUAGUGUCUAAGACACAAAUACAAUAAGAACCUAUGAUAUAAGGCCAUAUCUAGUUGUUUGUAGAAUUAUAAUAUAAUAUAAUACACUGUUUUACAGCUGCCUUUAUGUAUUUUUCAUAAAGAGAAGAAAUUCUAUAGCAAUUAAUGUUUAUACUUAAGACAAAUAUACCUGCAUGUUGAAACCUACUGAUGUUAGAUGUUGGGGAUGAUUGUGUUGAUCUGUUUUGUUACAAUUAAGGAAGUGUUGAGCGUGUCUCUUUAUUGUUAUGAUUCAAGAAGUAUUGAGAAUAUGUUGUAAUUAAAAUGCAUGCUCCUCACAUAGAGAGGGCUUAGUCCAGACAUUUAGUUGGAAGUUCAUAGGUAACAAAAAGAAAUAGAGGUCUCUUAUUUUCACUAUAAUAACUUACAGUCUGCUUACCUAUGGAUCCAGCAUGCUUGGACUCGUUUUAUAUCUUAUUAAAAAAGCCCACCAGAAACAUUUGUAUAAUAUUAAGCGCAGAAAGAUAUCUUAAAGCAUAGUCAUUCCUAUGGAGGAACAAGUACUAAAGAUGAAGAGUAUUUACUAAUACUUGAUGCUUAAAUUUCUUUACUAUAUACCGGCACUAAACACACAAAAAAGUUAAUUUUAAGAAAUAUAUUGCUAAUUCCCUAAAGCUGUUUAUCAUUACAUUAUUAUUUUUUAAAAUAUUGUUUUGUUUUAUCAACAUCAUUCUUUGUUUUAAAGUGUCAAUACUCUUGAUAGAAGUAAACAUUGAGCUUUACUUUUAUUGGAUCAUUUGUUAAAAAACUCAAACAUUCAUAAAAGGCCUUAGUGUCAAUUACCAUUUAGGAUGAAAGAUUGCCGUCUGUUCCUUGCUGUUUAGAAACUUUUCAUUCCUUUGUAUGCAAGGUAAUGUUCCAUUUAAUGUUAAGAACUACAUUAAUAAAAUAAAAAUGGUAGCUUACAACUUGGCUUUCAUAUCCUUCAAUCUUUAUGUUCUUGCUUUAAAAUACUGCAUGGAUUGUAUGUUAAUUCUUGAGUUUAAAGUAGUAAAGAGAAUGUAUGUCUUGCAAUAAUGUGAAUAAUAUCUGAAUAUAUAUAUCUGAAUAUAUAUGUUACUUGUUAUGUACAUAUUUGAAUGUAAGCUUUUUAAAAUAUUUUUAAACUAUAUACUUACUAGUAGAACACAAUGUAGAGAUAGAUCUAUAUAUUUUUGUAUUUAGUUAGUUUCUGUUAGAGAAAAGAAUGUUUUCUCACAAGAGGCUCAAGUAAUAAAGAUAUAAAAAGAUACAUUUGAACACUGAGAGGAUUCUGCUCUUAAUAAUAAAAACAACAUAUAAUAGUAUUGAAAAUAAAGAUCCUAUAGUGUGAACUUUUUCAAAGUUUUGAUGUUUAGAUUACUGCAAGGGUCUGAGGUUUUUAAAAUAAAUUUUAGAUUAUGCAGGUUAAAUGUACAUAAUAUUUACAAAAGCUACAAUGGUGAUAUUGAACUUGGCCUUGAGACCAAAGAUUUAUUUCAAAACCUACAACCAUUUCUACUAUUACAAAAAUAUCCAUCCAACAAAUACCAUUUUUAAAAUUAUUAAACUAAAGGCUGAAAAUUAAACUGGUAUCUCAAUUUCUCUGGGUUGAAAAUAAAAAACAGGAUUUGUUGAGGACAGUUUAGCAUUAUUUCUUUUUUCUAAAGUUUACAAAUAAUAUUAGUUCAAAUGAAAAUUCCAUAUAAUUUCCCUAACUUAAUGUAUUGCCAAUGUCUUUUGACUUAACUGAUUCCAAAAAAAACAAUUUAUAUUAUCUCUUUAUCUCCGUAAUUAUUUUCGACGUUCUGAUAUAUUUUUUUCAUUUGUCCAUUCUACCCUGUUAUGAUCAAACUGUAAUAACAUUUUUGUUGGUAAUCAGAAAAUGUUACUUUUGGAAUAGAAUUAUAGGAGGAUGCAUGCUCUUUUUAUCUAACACAAAUUCAAGGUUAUGAAGCCAAAAAUAAUUUGAUUUAAUGGUUUCAAAUCAAUGAUGGUAUUAUUAAUUAGGAGAGAAAGAGUUAAUACAACUUAAUACCAUUAAAGACAUAAGAAUUCAAAUGCAUCAAUGCUAAAAUUUAACUCUUAUUGAAACUCAUUCUUUUAUUAAUAAGUCUUCGAGUCUGAAUAUUAAGAAUGAGUGCAGUAUUUCAGUUAACAAUGCAGGCCAAGUUGUGAUCUGCAUAUUUUGCCUUCUAUUAUUAUUUCUGAUAUUAUCAGGCAUUGUUGACAUCAUGAGCUAGUUGUCAUUGUCUGGCACUGCCAGGAACUGGAAUCCAUGUCAUUUUUAUUCAUGUUUUAAUGUUAUCUAUGUUUCAAAAGAAUAUUAUGGCAUAAUUUUAAAAUAAUGAAUUUAAUAUUCAGAGCAGAAACAUUAUAAAUGACAAAAAGAAAUGUGUAUUUUAUUCCCACCUCUAUUAUUGUGAUUUUGUUAACAUUGUAAUUUUUUUGUCUGAUAAUAUGAUAAUGGAGUGGUCAGUUAGGUCAUAUUCACUUCAUUGAAAGGUUUUGUUUUAUUCUAAGAUACCGUUUUGUUCUAAUUAUACAGAUAAUUGUUGAAACUGCUCUUUUAAUUACUGUGUAAUUGGCAUUUUAUUUUGUGUAGCAAUUCAUUGCAAUGUAAUUUAUUUUUUUACUUAUUCAAUUUAUUUAUUAAACUGAUGACAACACUGUAAGCAAAAAAGAAAUCCCAAUAAUAUUAGGCCUGGACCUACUUCUUUUUCACUUCCUCUCAUACAGUUCACUUGUAAACUUUGAUUAAUUGUUAAUCUCCUGUAAUUAAUAGAAGUGAUAGCUUUUAUUUUUGUUGAUUUUCAAACUAUCAAAGAUAUUUUGAUGAAAUUUAAGCUUUUGUUGAUGAUAUUAUCAUCACAUCAGUUUUUUUUUUACACUUGGAGUGUAAUGUAUGCUGGUAUUUUUGCAAAAUUUUCAAGAACUUUCAUUAUUUGAAUACAUUGACUAUAUAAUAA